CGACCCGUCGCCAUAAGUCCGUGUUCGUUCUUGAGAACCGAAUUUGGGUAGAUAAACCCUUAAAUUUGACCGUUUUCCGCAUUCGGAAAGCGGCCAUCGCCUAUAGAGGCUCAGCUUUUCCCACGCGGAGGAUAAGGCUGCAACUCUCGGGGUCUUGGCCCCGCUUUUUUGAGCAAUCGCCUUUCUUAUUGUAUUAGCAUUCUUUACUGAGACGCCUGAAUUGUGUCUCUUAUUUUUCUCUGUUGGUUUGCUGUCAAGAUGUCGCCGUAAUGGAGUCUCCGUGUUUGACAGAAAUGAUUCAGGGCCUUCGUCGCCUGACCCGCACUUGUAACAACCCGCUCACCUCUUCUUUCGCCCCACUUAAUGCUAGAGAGCUCGGAGGCUCUCACCCCGGAGCUCGGCCUCAAAUCCUCACUAAAGAACAACAUGGAGAAAAAUCCAAACUGCAACGGCAGCAACAAGGUCCCGCCCCGCUCGAGUUCUACAGGCCCAAAUCCUGGAGAUUCUAAACCAAAAACAGAUGGCAAGAAUAAUGGAGGCUCCAAGCGCUACAACCGUAAGCGGGAGCCUGCUUUCCCCAAGGCAGAGAGCUUCCCAGGCCCUCGCCGCACCAAUCCACAGAAAAGCAAAAGUUUCGACAAGAGACCCCCCCAGAGGGGCGGGGGAGGUCGACAGUAUGGGCUCAUGGGCGGUGGGAGAAGAGAAGAGGUAGUAGAGAGCCGCCGGGCCGAGUUUAGCCCGGCACAGUUCACUGGACCCAAGAAGAUAAGCCUGAACCACCUUCUGAACUUUACGUUCGAACCGCGCGGCGGCCAGGGAGGCUCGAGUGGCGUGGGCGAUGGCCACAGCUACUGGGGCCGCCGCAACAAGUGGGGCCACAAGCACAAGCCCUUCAACAAGGAGCUGUUCCUGCAGGCCAAUUGCCAGUUUGUGGUGAUUGAUGAUCAGGAUUACAAGGCCCACUUCACUGACCCAGACACGCUGGUCAACUGGGACUGUGUGCAGCAAGUGAGGAUCUACAGUCAUGAGGUGCCGUCGUGCCCCAUCUGCCUGUACCCUCCGGUGGUGGCCCAGAUCACGCGCUGCGGCCACAUCUUCUGCUGGCCCUGCAUGCUGCACUACCUCUCCCUCAGUGACAAGAGCUGGUCCAAGUGCCCCAUCUGCUACGAGGCCGUGCACGGGCCGGACCUCAAGAGCGUGGUGGCGAUGGAGACUCAUCUGUAUGCGGUGGGUGACCAGAUCACCAUGCGUCUGAUGAGGAGAGAGAAGGGCUCGCUGAUCGCGCUGCCCAGCUCACAGUGGAUCAAGGUGGAGGAGCCCAUCCGCUUCGGAGAUGGGCAUGUGGGAGCGUACUCGAAGCUGCUUCUGGCCUCAGAGGAGCAGGUGCUGGGUCUGCUGCAGGAGCAGAAGGCAGCGCUCAGGACACAGCUGAGUGUGGAGGAGGACGACCCUCAGGCCUGCUUCAUACAGAGUGCCCUGCUCCAACUAGAGGAGCGUGAGGAGUCCCUGCUGAAGCGUCCCGGUGCCCAGGACGGGGCCAAUGGGGAGGCGGAGCUGAGGAAGCUGUCUCUGGCUGACCCCCCCUCUCCCCCCCCUGAGGUCACCGUCAUCUCCAACUCCAACUCCAGCUCCAAGCCAGUGCUGCAGUACUUGUCAGCAUUUGAUGACGAGGUGCAGGAGGAGCCAGAUGAGGACCCCGUAGAGGUGGCCGACGAGGUGGCCGACAAGGUGCCUGAAGGACCCCCUGAGGACCCCCUGAUGAAGGAGGCUGCUGAUGCUGUGGGGGUCGCACAGGCAGGCGAGGACCCCCCCGCUGUUCCCCAGGCUGAGGGGGGGAGACUCCCGGCCUCCGAGCACGGGCCCUACUACUACUUCUACCAGGCGGAUGAUGGUCAGCAGAUGUUCCUGCACCCAGUGAAUGUGCGCUGCCUGCUGAGGGAGUAUGGCAGCCUGGAGGCCAGCCCCCCCUCCAUCACCGCCACCGUGGUAGAGGUGGAGGGACACACUGUCACCGAGGAGGUGCGUCGUCGUCACCGGUAUUUGGCCCACCUGCCUCUGACGUGUGAGUUCAGCAUCUGUGAGUUGGCCCUGCAGCCUCCGUUCCUCUCCAAGGAGACCCUGGACAGCUUCGCAGAUGACCUGGAGAAGAGGAAGCGUCUGAGGCAGAAGAAGGCCAGAGAUGAGAAGAGGAGGGAGCGCCGCAUCGAGAUGGAGGAGAACAGGAAACAGGGCAAAUAUCCGGAGGUGCAUAUCGGCCUGGAGAACCUGCAGCAGUUCCCAGCCUUUGGUUCUCCCCCCAACAGCGGCAGCAGCCCUCCAGCCCAUCCAGAGUUCCUGCUGGCACCCCCCUCUCCCCUCAGCUGCAGCCCUGUAUCAGAUGGCGCCAUGUUCCCAAGUCUGGGAGGACCCAGUCCUGUUCUGAGCGUGUGCAGUAUGGAGGAUGACUCCCACUGCAUGUCCUUUGCCCAGAUGCUCAGAGAUGGCAAAUCCAAGGUUGAUGUUUGGCCGCCCAAGAUUACCCCAAAGAAAGACAUGCUGCUGGCCCCCCCAGUGGCAGACAGUGAUGGGGAGAGCGAUGGCUCAGACCGGGUGCCUGUGCCCAGCUUCCAGAACUCCUUCAGCCAGGCCUUUGAGAAGGCCCUGAUGCAGCUGGACCACGGGGCCCCCGCUGCCCCACAGCCUGCCCCCAUACCAGAGGAGAAAGGGGGAAAGAAGAAGAAAAAGAAGCAGAAGCUUUUGUUCAGCACCUCGAUGGUUCACAACAAGUAGAAGAUGCCACACCAGCUCACACACGCCCGCCCGCCCGCAUCAUACGCUCCCACUUCUCAUGUGCCACCUUCUCCCCAACCAGCUGUUUGGAUCCUGCUUUACUGUCUCUCAGUCUCCACAUCAUCCUUUAACAUCAGAUGGACCAUUUGGUUCAAGUUUUAGUUUCCUAUAGUGACAAGGCAAGUUUUCCCACGGGUCAUUGAUGUAUUUUUGAUAGCAGAUAUCAGGGUGGUUUAACCACGGUGGAUGCCACUGUUGUAUAAAAAUGUUUUAGUUUUUAUUGGAUUCUCUCAAAAGUACAUUUGUUGCUUGUCAGUUACCAAUUAUUAGUUAGACGAGCUGACUUCUGCUACUAAAAAUGUCAAUGACGUCCAUGGUAACUAUUCUGAAAUACGCUGGUGAGUGACCUCCAGAGACCACUGUGGUGGAUGUCCCUCCACAGAUGUAGCCCAAGACCAGCCAGGUGACUCCAACCCCCCCCUACUGAUGAGUUGACAUACAGCACUUCAAAUCCAAUGAGAUCACCUUUUCAGUCGGCCAUUUUUUUUAGACAUAAUAUUCUUUUGCAAGGCCCUUUUUUGUUUUCUUUGAGUUGUGAAAGGGUUUUAUUGGUUAGUUGGAGGGUGGGCAAGUGAAGAGUAGCAGCCAACCAGCUGUAGAUUUACCUUCCUGGAUCUCUGCCCCCCCUUCCACUGUGACUCAGUGACACCCCAACACACAUACGUAUACAGUACACAGUAUGCUGUAUCGCCUCGCAAACAGAGAGAGGGGGGUCCUGCCAAUGUCCCCCGUGGUCUUGAAGACUACAGUCAGUGUGGAUGGCAGCCAUCUUCACCUGAGCCGACUGAUUAACAGUGUUAAAAUAAACUACAUCGAUUUUGGUUUAAAGCGAUACUGCACCAUGCCUGGAUAUGACCUUAUUUUACAUCUUCCCUUCCCUAGCUGGACCCAUACAAUUCAAUUUCAUGUGCUAGCUGGGAAGUAGAAUUUAAAUGGCCAGACUCGGAGCACGACUGGAUGUACAGGAGAAGGGUAAAACUCAAAGAUUAAUGCGAAGGGGAAUGAGUUUGUUUCCAGAAAUGCUGCAAUAUCACUUAAGGCAUCAUAUCAUAGAAUCAUGCAUGUUCCAGCCUGAUUCAUGAAGUUUACACAUUUACAAAACGCUCCUGUUCAAGCAGUGUGGGGGUCUGCCAUUUUAUUUUCUGCACACUUUCUUUAUCCUUGACUGCAAUGUUCAAAGUAUUUUCCACCCAGAUUUAAAACGAGUAAACUUAGUUCUACUUUAUAUAAGCACAGAAGCAUAUUUUCUAACCUCUCAAAAUCUCCCUUCACACACAGACUGUCAUAUUUCCAAAUAUACCUCACUAAGAGAUGGUGGUGGUAGUUAUAUAAUGAGUCACCCAGACGACAUACAGUGCAACUGGGAGUGACUACUCUACCAUGUGGAUCCUUGUAUCCAUUGCAGCUCCUUUACCCUUAUCUCAGCUUAGCCCUACUCUCACUAUGUGUGUGGCUGUUGAGAAACGCUGACUCAUCUUCUGCUUGAGAGGAAAGAUGGACUUAACCAGAGGAGAUUAUGGUUUUUGUUUUGUUUUUGAGGGAUCUUUAAAUUUACUUUAAAUCUUUUUAGGUCAGAUUCACAGAAAAGGAUGACAUUACAUUGACCUAAAGUUGGAAUGAAUAAAAAGAGUAUGAUGCACCACUAGAA